AUGAAGCUUCAUCUGAGGAAUCAGCCAGUUGCCCUAUACUACGCCAAAAUCAACCCAGAAUACAACCCCACCACCAACGAGACCUGGUCAGAGGACGACGAAUCCCUCACCAAUGGUGAAGACCUCCACCUCCUCCUUGGCAGGGAGCUAGAUGAAGAUGAUGAGGACGACACAUCCUGGGAAGAAGACUUCUUCUCUUCGGAGGAAGAAGCCGAUUCCUCAUCAACCGAGGAGGACUCGGUGGCAGGAGGCUAUCUUCUUGGCGGAUCGUCGGAGGAUGACGAUGACGACGACGAUGAUGAAGAAGCCGAAGACAGCAGCGGCUUCAGCAGUGACAGCGGCGGAGAUGAUGGCGGCAACAAGGACAGCAGCGACGACGACAGUGAUGCCAGCAUGGCUCCUCCAAUCAAGCGCCACAGAGUCUCCGGCACCUACUGGUGGUAG